AUGUCAGGUGAAGAGAUCAAAGCUCCUAUUCCCAUCAAAAACAAGGCCUUAUUUCAAUUGCAAUUACAGGAGAGGCAAACUAGGGGUUUGGAAAAUCCAAAGAGGGCAAGGACACCUGUAAUAGCACGCUCAGAAUACAAUUACUUUGAUAGGUCUAGAGCAAAAUCAUCAACGCCAACGUUACCAUUGGGCGUAACGCCAGUCGAUGUAGGCGGUGGCGAAAGACGUUUACAAGAUAGACUGAAAUAUUAUGGUUUAGACUUUCCAGAGAGUAAAGAAGAAUUCUCCAGAAAAUUUUACGAUCAAUCGUCUGUAUGGUUUGGUAGAAAGAAAAAGCCUGAAUUUUCAGCUGAAGAAUACUUGCCAUAUAAAACAGAAUCACACAAAGAACAGGCAAAGUAUCUUUGCCAUGUCCUAGUUAAUUUAUAUAUUGCAAUCAGCUCACUGGAUAUACAGGGAUCGAUUUCAAUAUCGAGUAAAGACUUGACAAGGUUAAAAAAGGAGGUUGAUACUUUGGCGCUAGAGACUGAUUUAUUUAGGAUAUCCCAAGCUAAACCUGAGGAAAAUUUCUCAGAUAUGGGAGAUGAUAGCGAGAAUGAGUUAUACAAUGAAGAUGAUUAUAUUAAUGCUAGCGCUCCUGAUAUCAAUGCUACCGGAAAAAUAACAGCUAAAUCAGCAACGGUCAUAAACGUCAACCACUGGACGAACGAGCUAAAAAACUGUUUACUCUUUGACUUCCCAUUAUCUCUAAGAAAGAGCUUGGCGACGGUCUAUUACUACUUAGCGCUUGUUCAAGGCCAAGCAAUUUCUAGAGACUUACAUGUCGAAGUUUUUGAGAUUUUGGUUGAUGAUGACGAUGAAGGUACUGACUAUACUCAAUUACUAAGGGAGUCUGGCCUGGUACUAGACCAUAAAAUCCUCUUCAAUUUUUUGCUUGCGUUUUUACCAUAUCCUGAUUCAGAACAUAAUCGUUUCGACCUAAGUUCAAAGGAAGAUCUUCAGCUAUUUCGAACUUUGCUGAAAUUGGCGUACUUUGCGAAGCCAUUCUACGAGCAAAGCGAAGAACUACUUAGCUCCACCAUGGGUAUAUUACUAUCUAAUUUUUCACCUUCUACUAUGAACAUAGUUCUGCCAAUAAUAACAUCAUUUGUUCCCUGUCAAUACCAUCCUAACUCGAAAAUAAGUGAUUAUUUUCCAUUUUGUUUCAGCUUAUGGACUUCUGUAAGUGCAACAGUUGCGGUUGACACUCAUCUGUACGAAUUUGUGGGUGACAUCGCAGAGGACAUUUAUAUUAACUUCCAGAGCAAAGGAGAUAAUUUUUUAACAGACAGCGGAAUUUCUUUCGGACCUUAUGGAGUCUUUUCCGAAGAUCAAAUGACCUUUAUGUUCAAUAGAUUGCAAGGCCAUUUGAGAACAAAUGGGCAGAUUCAUUCCUACGCAAGAACUGUCAAACCUUUUAUUUACAAUAUUCAUGGUUCGGACAAUGAGGGUUUUUUUGGGAAAUUAAAGAGUUUACUCAAAUCUAUAGAAACAUUUGUGCAUCCCUCGAACAGUGGGUCCUGGACAAAACCAAUUGCUAAAUUUAUCCAUUCAUUUAUCAAGACAUAUCAUGCUAGAGCUGUUAAAGACAAGGAUAUACCUUGGGACAAAGAUACUCAACGUUUACGCCUAAAUGCUGAGUGCCACUCCAAAAUUGUUGACCUUUUCUUGAAUUUGUUGCUUAUUGGAGCUCAAAGCAAGGAUCAAGAUGUCACAAAUUAUUAUAUAUCAUGUUUUGCUUACCUGGUAGAUUUAUCUCCCAGGAAUUCUUCUUUGAUUUUUGACAAAGUCUUGGAAGAUCUUUACGAUAUGUUCUCGGGAGAGUUUAUAGAAUCUAGGCACAGAAUUACUUCUAGUUUAAAGCAAUUCACGAGGGUAGUUAGGUUUAUGGUCGAAGAUAAGGCUUACAGAAUUCAUAUUGUGAAUAUAUUGUCUGCACUCGUUUCUAAGAUUGAUAUGAACGACAUUUCAUUAACUAAUAACAUCCUUAACGCAAUCGUCUCUAUAGUGUCCUUCGUACCUUUAGAAGAUUUUGUAAAACAGGGUGAGUUUUUAACGUUCCAUUCACACACGCUUCCAUUAGCUGAGCAAUAUUAUUAUUGUUUGAAGGAUGGAUCAUUGUCUAAUUUCGCUUACGACGAUAAAACAUUAGAUGACGCAUUCAGGGCCUCUACUAGUGGAUUUAAGAAUAUCUUAACCCUUUAUAUUGACAAAUUAUUCCAGCUGGUCGACAUCGAAUUGGAUGAUAGCUUGUCAAUUAAGUUGAACCAGACAACGAUGCUUAUGAUUGAGUCAAUGUCAGAUGAUGUAUUUAAGCAUUUCUCUGACAUGUUUCAGAAAAAAUUUUGGGAUAAUGAAGCCUUCAAGGAAAAAGAACCCAAUUAUGAAAUUAUCACCAUUCCUUUAGCCGCUAUUGUAAAGAGAAACGUAAAGCUUAGUGAACAACUUGUUGAUUUACUAUUGCUCAAUUGUCGUGAGCAGAUAGAGAGAGGUGCGGGUUCUGUAAGAAGUUUUUCGGAAAUACAUCAGAGAGACGUUAAGCUAGUACUUUACCUAACCGCUUUGAAUGACAUUUUGAGGCAUUCUAAUGUAGCAAUAAUAUCAUUCCAUGCUGAAUUGAUACAAUUCUUGAAGUACCUUUUCAAGGCAAUUUCCAAUCCUCCUUUGAAUGUCAUAACCUCUAUCUUAGUGCAUAACAUUCUGGCGAGCUUAACAAGCACUGAAAUAAUUGAGCAGAGGAUGUUUUCUGAUUCCAUGAAGGUUAACGUAGAGGAUAGAUGGGGUGGAUUGCAAUUUGAUAAAAGAAAAUUUUCAGAAGAGAGUUUGGCGUUCAGGUGGCACAUUCCAAGCGAAACUGAGGUAUCACUGGCAAUUCAGAUAUUUGACGAAGUUGUCGCCUACUGCAUAGAUGAGGUUAAUAAAUUAAUUUCCCAUCCUCAAUCAUCGACAGAAUUUACUGAUGAGCUUCAAAAAUAUAUCCUGGUACUGACGCAUGGGCUUUCUGGAUGCAGUCUUUUGUUUGAUCCCGAUUUCAAUAAAAGUAUCAAUGGCAAUAAGACUGUGACAUCUCCUUCCUAUAGGGAAAGGCUUGUUUUACUAAAAAAUCUCAGAGAGAGGAACUGUGAUAAUCAAGAAUAUGAUAUAGAUAUCGAGCAAAUUACGUCUAGAGCAGAAGAUGAAGAUUACAUGGAUUCUAAUAAUACGGGAAGUUUGGAACACAUGCAAGGUGACGAAAUUGCAGUUCAUGAUGACUAUACUGAAAAUUUACCAGACAUUGAUUCAAGUGUGUCAGAGGUCCCAUCCGCUGUUGGGACCCCAAUACCAGGUCAUACAGGGCCUAAUUCCUUCAUGAAUUCUAGCGUGGUGUUCAGAGAUCUCGACAUCUAUACUUGCAAUUAUUACUUCGGUGCCACUGUUGAAGAAAGAAUGAGUAAUUUACAAUACUUCGAAGUACAUAAGAUUCGUUCCAAAAUUGGUCUAUUUUUCCAUAAGUUGUUCAAGUUCUUUUCAUCGGAAUUUAGUACAAAUAGUAAAAUUUUUCAAAUUUUACUUCAUGGAUUAAAAGUUUGGUUCGUAGAUGUUGGACAAGAAACUAUAUUCUCGGAGGAUAAUGGUGCUUUUAUAGAUUUGGAUUUUAUUGAAAACAUUCAAUCUUUGGCUCACUUAAAUGAUUCGUUUACUAGAACGUAUUUAGCAGCUAAAGUUAAUAAUGCGCAUCAAAAUAGAGUUUUGUUACACUCUACUAACAGAUAUCCCUCAAAAUUGGAAAUUCAACUGUUAAAGGAUAUUAUAUUAAUGGCAACUUCAAUUUAUCCUGGAAUAAACCAGGUUGGACAAGCUACACUCUCCCACUGUAUGAAACAGCUAAUUGGAUCUUACUCGAUAAUUAUUAGACAACUGAUAAAAUUGCUCCAAGACAGCCUGACAGCGGAAUCUUAUACACAGCUUGAGGUAUUAUUGAAAUGUUUGUCAAUGAAAAAACUCCAUCGAAAACUUAUCUCCGACUUUAAGAACGUGGAAGAAAUGACAAGAUUGCUUCUCGACUGUUGCCACGUUAGAGAACUUGACAUUUCAAUGCAUGCACAUAAUAUAUUGGCAGAUUUAUUUUCCAAGAUCCAGAUUCCAACUCGGAUUUGCGUCUAUGAUGAAAGAAUGUUUCUGCCUUUAGCACCUCCUGAUUGUAAUAUACAUUUGCAAGUUGAGGCAGUGAAACAAGCUAAAGAUAAUAGAAGAGAAGAAUAUAUCGACGUAUUAAUAGGGCUGCAAAAAAAUUUGGUAGAAAGAUUGAGAGGUGAUGAGCUUAAUUGGAGGACUCGGUUACUCAUUAUCAAGUUGAUUGGAAGGUUGCAGUCCAAUCUUGAGUUUCCUUCUAAUGAAGAUGCCAUUUCUGUCAUAGUAGAGCAAGCCCGUACUAAUCAUCCCACGAUAAUACAUUUCAUAAUCAAAGUCUUAUUGAGUAUUUUCAAUAAAGUAUUAUCUUUAUCGUACUAUUCCUAUGAUGUGUCUAAGAGUUACGAUAAUUUAUUUGAUCCAGAAUAUAUUAUAAAAUUGAAAUCAACUUCAGCUGAAUUUCAGCAGGAAUUCAGAUCUGAAAUGAAUAAUAUUCUGGAUCCUAAAUAUUUUAUUGAUUCUAAGGCGUUUGCAGGAUGGCUAUGUUGGGGGAAUGACCUAAAAGUUGUGAAGACAGGUCAAGCUCACUUGGCAUUACAAAACAAUGAAAUAAACCUAUUGACACUCAUCGGGAAGUUACUGACGAAGGGAUGGUUAAGUAACAUCGUUUCGACCCUCAUCAAAGAUAAUGAAGCAAAAGGCUCAUUCAGUAGUAGUGAAGUAUCUUUUUUUGCUUUUUUGACAAUUAUUUCCUCCCAGGGUUAUUCCGAGUUUACUGUAAAGGAAAUAUGUAGUAUGUGUCGCCACUAUUACGACGUGACAGAAAAGGCAUCUAUCAUAAUGUCUGUACAGAUUGUUGCUGCGCUAAUAGUAGCUAGCAGAUUCUUAGAUACUAAAGAGACAGAAAUCCGCGAUUUAUUUCUUCAAAGUUUUAUGUCAGAAUGCCUAAAUGGUGAUUUGAAUCAAGAUGCCGCAGAUACUUGGUCUACUUUGUUUUGGUGGCUGCCUACCAUAAUAGAUGUAAGAAGGUGUCCACCUUUUAUAGAAAUCAUUUCUAAUAUUUCUAAUCAAUCAGAUUUGAAGUCAGAUUCUGUGAAUCAUCAAGCUUCUAGAUUACUAAUGCUGAGAAACUUGAGUGUGAGUCAAGAUUUCAGAACUUAUCAUCCCAUGGAGAUAGCGGAACAUUUGAUAUUUGAUCAUCCCUAUGACCAAAUGAGAGAUGCUACAGCUAAAUUGUUCAAUAUUUUAGUCCAAACAGAAAGUUAUCUUUCUGUUGAAACACCGGAAGAAUUAUUGCUCUCCUUAUCGAGGGAAUCGGAUUUGGGUAACAUUUUGAAAAGAGUAGCACCUUAUUUGGACGAGAUAAUAAGGACUAACUUUUCUGUCAUUGCUGAGGAAUAUGUGAAAAUCGAUGGCAUGUCUCCCCAAAUCGUUUUAAAGUCGAGGUAUUAUUACCUCAGCUCCACCAUGUUUUAUUGGAUAACGCAAAUGUCGAAAGGCUCAAAUAGGGUAGUUCUAAUUCCCUAUCUUGUUGAGUAUAUUCUUCCAUUCUUGGCCAAUUUCACAAAUCAAAGAGACUUGUGUCAAUUAGCUGGGAUACAUCCAGCAAAAAUUUACCUAGGUCUUUCAUAUUUGCCCAUUAGAAAAGAAUAUUUUAAACCUUUAUUAGCCUAUUUAACUGCUGAGACUUCGAAUGUUUCCUCUUAUGAAAUAAAGAUGCAACUUUCUUUCAUCGAAUUUUUCUUAUCUUCUAAUCUAUUACAGUUUGGCAAAGGUGAAGUCAAAAAAAUUAUCAAUUAUGUGCUAGUUCAGCUUUACAAUACCGCAUACGUUGAGGUCAGAAUGAGAGCGGCUUUGGUGCUGUCAGAUUUGGCACAUAACUUCGCCGAAGAAAUAGACUUAAGCAAUUUAGUUUCGAGAUUUGAGAAGUCUCUCAAUCAGUACACUUGGGCAGAAAAACAAAAGCGCUCAAAAACUGAUGUAACUUUACAUGCCAGUGCUUUAGGACUCGGUGCAUUAGUUAGUGCAUUCCCUUAUGUAUUUCCACUUCCAAAAUGGAUUCCCCAAAGAUUGAGUACUUUGUCUUCGUGGGCUAGGACUAAUGGUAUGGUGGGUACAGCGGCAAAAGAUACUAUAAGUAAUUUCAAGAAAGUUAGGUCGGAUACAUGGAAAUUUGAUAGACAACUUUUCACAAAUGAUGAGCUAGAGGAUUUGGAAGGUGUUCUAUGGAGAAGUUAUUAUGCUUGA